GAAGCUUCAACCUCAAGGAAAAAAGUUAAAAUAUCAUUCCCCACCUCUGAUUAUCCAUCCCUACUCGAGAGGUUGGAGUAGUCAAGGACAAGUGCCCAUUUCUUUAGUAAUCACUAUUCAGUUGUUAUCAGCUGAUGAUGUUAGGUCUGUUCUUGUUUACACACACAACUUUUCAUCACGAUCGUAUGCAUUAAUUCUUAAUACUUCUUACAACAAUGAUUGCACUGAGCUUUGCCCUUCGUUCUUCGUCAAUACUGAUUCGUCCGUCAUGCAGAUCUUUGACCUGCGGUGGAGGCAACAGAAAAAGCUGCAAACUUUUGGUUCUUGGUGGUGGUACUGGAGGAUGCACAGUUGCUUCAAAAUUUGCAUGUAAGCUCGGCAAGGAUAAAGUUAUCAUUGUUGAACCGACGUUGGAACACUAUUAUCAACCUAUGCUAACUUUGAUAGGGGGAGGAAUAAAGAAAUUGGACGAUGCAAAGCGUCAGAUGAAGGAUGUACUGCCGAAAGGAGCGAUUUGGGUCAACGAUAGAGUUGUGUACAUUGAGCCCGGUACGAACACAGUCAGAACAGAAAAUGGGACAGAAAUUUCGUAUGAAUAUCUUGUCAUUGCACUUGGGAUCGAUAUGAAUUUCAACAAGAUUCCAGGUCUCGUCGAAGGUUUGGAAGAAAACAACAGCCAAGUCUGUUCGAACUAUUCGCCCAAGUAUGUUAACAAAACGUUUAAAUCGUUGCAAAAAAUCAAAAAAGGCCAAGCGGUAUUCAGCUUUCCGAAUACGCCUGUUAAGUGCGCAGGUGCACCUUUGAAAGCAUGCUUAAUCUCUGAAGAUUAUUUCAGAAAGGAAAACAAAAGGGAUAAUAUUAAAGUGAUUUAUAGAACUUCUCUACCUACAAUUUUCUCUGCUAAACAUUAUGCCAGCAAACUCUUAGAACUCUGUGAGCAACGUGAUAUUGAUGUCGGCCUUAAAAAGGAACUCGUUAAAGUGAAAACUUUAUCAAAAGAGGCGAUAUUUAGAAACAUUGAGAGACCUGCUGAAACUGAAACAAUUAAAUAUGCCAUGUUACACGUGACCCCUCCGAUGUCAGCCCCCAAUGUCUUAAAAACAGGCCUAAAACUCGUUGACAGCAACGGCUUCUUAAAUGUAAACAAGGCCACUUUACAACACAUAGAGUAUAAAAAUAUAUACGGUAUAGGGGACUGCACAAAUCUUCCUACUUCCAAAACCGCAGCAGCUGUUGCUGCCCAGUCUGGUGUUCUCUUCGAAAACCUGUUGGCAGACAUGAAAGGGGACAAAACUCCAAAAGCUACCUACGACGGAUACACAUCUUGCCCUCUGGUCACGGGAUACCAGAAUUGUAUAAUGGCAGAGUUCGAUUACAAUCUCCAACCCCUUGAAACCUUUCCGAUCGAUCAGAGAAAUGAACAUCGUUCUAUGUACUUCAUGAAGAAAGAUAUAAUGCCACUGCUGUACUGGCAUGCGAUGCUUAAAGGGUACUGGAGUGGUCCAAAAAUGGUACGAAAAAUUCUUCACUUUGGAACUGGAAAAUAAGUGUUAAAUACAAACUACAAUGACUUCAGAAUAAUUCAAACAUUGAAUUAUUAUUGAAGAUUAAUCAUUUGCAUUCAUACCAAAGAAGAAAAGCAAGAAAAAUAUAUUUUUGCGUCACAAUCAAUUUUAAGAAAAAUGCACUGAAAUGAUCUUUACAUCAGCAAUAACUGGAUUCUUCUCUACCCCUAUCAUAACAAUAUUAGGAUAUCCUAAUACAUGGUAAUAAUAUUAAAACAAGAUACAAUUGAGGAAAUUGUUCAAAUAAAUAUGCUUUUG